AUAAGGUCUCCCUCCCGACCCUCUCAUUCGUACAACCCAAAAAAGAGAGGAACAGAGAAGGAAUAAAGAAAGAGAAAUGGGGAUAUUACUAAUCCUCCUAGUUCUAGCAUUAGUCUGUACAUCAUGGAGAGUCCUGAACUGGGCGUGGCUGAGGCCAAAGAGGCUCGAGAGACUUUUACGGCAGCAAGGUCUUUCUGGAAGCUCAUACAAGUCUCUGUCCGGAGACCUGAAAGAGAGUACGAAAAUGAUGAUGGACAUGGUAUCGAGACCCAUCGGCCUUCACAACGAUAUUUUGCCUCGAGUCUUUCCUUUCGAACACCAGCUUGUCAACACUAACGGCAAGGAUUCUUUUUUGUGGCCAGGGACAAGUCCUAGAGUGUUUCUCAUGCAUCCCGAGCAGCUCAAGGAGGUUUUCUCCAAAAUUGACGACUUCCAGAAGCUGUCCUCGUCCCCGCUGGUGAAGUUGCUGGUCACUGGAGUUGUAAACUAUGAUGGGGAUAAGUGGGCAACACACAGGAAGAUCAUGAACCCAGCUUUCCACGUGGAGAAACUCAAGCUUAUGUUGCCAGCAUUUCAGUCAACUUGCAAAGAGAUGGUGACAUGGUGGGAGAAGUUAAUGGGCACACAGGAAUGUCUCGAGCUCGAUGUGUGGACUGACCUGCAGAGUUUGACCAGAGACGUGAUUUCUCGAACUGCAUUUGGAAGCAGCUACAAAGACGGGAGAAGGAUAUUCGAUCUUCAAAUCGAGCAGACCGACCUCGUAAUAAAAAGUAUCCAGAAGGUCUAUAUUCCUGGUUGGAGGUUUCUUCCAACAAAAACGAAUAGGAGAAUGAAGACCAUCUACAACGAAGUUCAAUCAUUGAUUCGAGGGAUGAUUGAUGAGAGGGAAAAAGCAAUGAAGACCGGAAAGGCAGCUAGAGAUGAUCUACUGGGACUCAUGCUGGAGUCUAACAUGAGAGAAAUCCAAGAAAACCAAGGGAACAACAACAGGAAGGCGGGAAUGAGCAUUCAAGACAUAAUUGAGGAAUGCAGGCUGUUUUAUCUAGCGGGCCAAGAGACAACCUCGUCUCUGCUUGCUUGGGUAAUGGUGCUAUUGAGCAUCCAUCCUCAGUGGCAAGACCGAGCCAGGGAGGAGGUUCUGCAAGUCUUUGGAAGGGAACAGUUGCCCGACUUCAAUGGGUUGAACCACCUCAAGAUUGUCACGAUGAUUCUUUACGAGGUUCUGAGGCUAUAUCCGCCAGUUCCAAUGAUUGGUCGUAUGGUUCACAAGGCAAUGAAACUCGGGACGUUAACCAUACCAGCAGGGACAGAAGUGGCACUGCCCAUCUUAUUCAUCCACCACGACAAAGAACUGUGGGGCGAAGACGCCAAGGAAUUUAAGCCUGAGAGGUUCUCUGAAGGCAUCUCAAAAGCAACCAGGAAUCAAGUCUCAUUCUUCCCAUUUGGUUGGGGACCAAGGAUCUGUCUUGGACAGAACUUUGCGCUGAUAGAAGUGAAGAUGGCGAUGGCGAUGAUACUGCAACGGUUCAUUUUCGAGCUCUCUCCAUCUUAUGCCCACUCUCCCAUUUCGACCAUCUCUCUUCAACCCCAACACGGCGUUCAAGUCACUUUACGCAGAUAUUGAAUGUAAAACGUACCAAACCAGAAUUAGAACCAAUAAGUGACGGUUGCAUACAGAAUAAUUGGUGGCUUUAGCAUCAGUAGGAGAAACAAUUAUUAUGAUAGUAGACUUUUUUUGCCUGCA